GCCACACGCCAUUACCAUAUAAACUCAGAGGUAAAUUUGUUAAAGUCAUUAACGAACCCGCUUUUAUAAAUCCAGAAAGACUCUUUCUCCCCCAUCAGGUAGCCGUAAAGAAGAACUCAUCAACUAAGACGCAUUCCUGACUUUGAGAAAGAGUAUUAUAUCAGAUGUGAUGUGGGCGUACUUAUCCUUGCUGGUAACAUUUCUGCUCUGUGUCAAGUUUGGUACUUGCAACAAAGCGCUACUGGCAUACCUGAGCAGUGGACAGUAUGACAAGACAGAACGCCCAGGUGUCGGUACCGGGAAGCCUGUGGAACUUGGCGUGGAUAUCCACUUUGACAACUUUGGUAGGAUCGAGGAAAUGAACAUGGAAGUAGACGUGUUCCUAUACAUGCGGUACAACUGGAAGGACUCACGCCUUGCCAACUUCACCGACAAAACCAUCACCUUUACCAGAGGCGACAUCGAGAAAGUGUGGCGCCCUGACACGUACUGCUCCAACGCGCGUGAGUCCGACCUCCCUCUAGAGGAGACAAAAACACACUCCAUGCUCAGAAUCGACCGCAAUGGUAGUAUUUACUACAGCAGAAGUGUACACCUAGUGGCGGCGUGUCUGAUGAACUUGCGUGACUUCCCCAUGGAUAUCCAGAACUGUUCCAUCACACUGGGAAGCUAUGCGUAUUCGGACGUCGAUGUAUUAUAUCAUUGGAUUUCUCAGAAAGAGUUUAGCGUCGGUAGCCGCGACAUGGCCCAAUUCUACGUCUUAGGGGCACAGCCGAGCACUAACUUAGAGUUUUGGCCAGCAGAUAAAACAAGCACAAAGCCAUUCGAUUCAGGAAGCUACACGACCUUGACCGCGCAUUUCCAGAUGGAGCGUCGCAUUGGUUAUUUCAUCAUUCAAUUGUACCUUCCAUGUGUCUUCCUGGUCAUGCUUAGUUGGGUGGUAUUCUGGAUGAGCCCGGAAAACUCCGCUGACCGCCUGACUGUCGGCAUCACCACCAUUUUGACCAUUGUUUUCCUUCUUGGAUAUGUGAACGGCAUGUUGCCAAAGGUGAGCUAUCCGAAGGGCGUGGACUGGUACCUAAUGACGUCCUUCUUCUUCGUGUUCAUGUCGCUGGUGGAAUGUGUUGUGGUGGACCGGCUUCUGCUGAAGAGGAAAUCUCAGGAGGAAAAAAAGAAGAAAAAGGAGCAGGAUACUGAGGAAAACUCCCUUGCGCAUGAUAACUGUGCAAUAGCGGUUAAUGACAUGACCGUCAAAAACGACGACACCGCGACCAUCGAAUCAGAAAAACCGCGCUCCCGUGAUUCAAAGCGCUCAAGCCCAAAGCCUUUUGAAGCUUUUACCAAGUCAUCCAUCGCGCCUACGCCAGAAAAGAAACCGCUGUCCUAUUUUAAAAGGGGUGGCACUAAAACCGCUAUUUUCCAUAAGAUGUGUGGGAAUAUGACCAGUGAGCACAGGCUUGAUAAGACCUGCAGAUUCUUAUUCCCUGUGUGUUAUUUGAUGUACAACGCCGUCUAUUGGUUUGUAUAUCUGUCAGGAAUAAGUAUCCUGAAUUAGACUCUACAACCGACUUGCGCGACAAAUUCUUUCGUUUUACUAUGGUUGAAAUAACUUAUUCUGGAGUCUGAACUAAGGGAGCAUUCACUCACAGACGCCAUUUUGUCAUCCUAGCAAAGCGUGAGAAAGCAUCUUUCGCUGCGACUGAUUCCUGAGUCUUUGAAAUAUCUUUAAUUAUUAUUAUUAUUUAAUUUUUUUGAUACCCGUUCCCGCCGACCCGGAUAACAGGUGAUGGCCCUUGUUUGUUAAUGAAUUUGUUGAAUGAAUUUGAAAAUUUCUACAUCGAUUAUUCAAAAUUCACAUAUAAUAUAAUCGUCACGCAAGUCGGUCACGCAAAUCAGUCACACAAGUCGGUUAGCGCCUCACAGCUAGGCACACACAUUAGCACAGAAAAAACGCCAGCACUGGGCUUAAUACAUCAUCACCAUCACGAGCAAGAGGGGUGAACGUCAUUCUCUGGCAACCAGGGGUCCUGUCGCUGUCAAGGCAAAAAUGCAUAAUUCCAGAAUGAUAGGAAAAAACUUGCAGUCAAGAGGGGUAGUUCUUUCCGAACUCUUCGAACACCACCCCCCCCCCCCCCCCCUCCGGCUACGGGUCUGAAUCACCAGUAAAUACCAUCCAAACGGUACUUUUAAGUUGAAUUUUGCGAGUGAUUAGAGGGAGAUAACGUUCCUUGUAGCUGGAAUUGAAAUACGAGAGCCCAGACUCAGUCGAGUCGAAGGCAUAGGUGCCUGAAGGCAUUCACCAUACGACUCAUGCCUUGCCACAAAACACAGCUUAGGUCGAAAAUACCGUUUUUUGUAGGGAAGAAAACUGCCUUGGAAAUGACAAACUGUUAGAGUUAGAUGUAGCACGUUCUACAUUUUUUGUCUCUUUGAUUAUCACUGUAAUGUAUCCCAUGCAUCAAUAUGCAAUGGUAAACAAUAACGCCCUCACGAAAUCAUACCGUCUGCGGGAGGGUAGAAUUAAACACUAGCAUGACGGUGGGGGGAUGGUGGGGGCGAGCGUGACAAAGGAGGUUUGUACCGUCGCCCCCUUAUCAUUGCUUGUCAUGCUUAUAGCCUACCUACCACCCCUCCUGAGUUUUCACGCUGUACGAUGAACCGUCUAUCAUAGCCCGCAAUGCAUUACUGCAUAUUGCGCUUAUGGUUAUAUGGUUUCAAAAUCUUUUUUAUAAAGACGAUCGAAAUUAGCCAGUCAUGAUUUAUUUGCAACGAUUCACCGAUAAAAAGAGAAGGGUUUUGCCCAGCGUGCUUUGCUAUUUUAACGGUUCACUGGGCAACGUUUAUUAAAGUAAGGACAUGUUCUAUGUGGAUAGGUUAACAUCUCUGACUCGAAUAAAAACCCUAAUCACAA